AACAGAGUAUACUCUGUUUUCUUAACUAUUAACUGUUCUCUUAAUUAUUUAAUCUUCUCAAACCAGCAACUAUCAUUUCCAUCACUUCUUCCAUAUCCAAUUAUCCAUAUACUUCACUCAUACACAAACUUGUUACUGGUUUCUGGCAUGGCUAAACCCGAGUUCUGGCUACCAACCGGGUUUAUUGUAGAUAAAGAUUCGGCCAUGGAAACAGAGAUCUUGAAGAAAAACGCGUCCAAGGCUGACGUGGCCCCGAGUUUGAGCUUCCCGAUGGAGUUUCCGUACGAGUUCGACUCGUUCGGUUCUUCCUGUUCCGCCUUGAGUUCCCCCGGUGAGUCAGUUGUGGGUUGUAUUGAGACAGAGAGUUGCGGGGAGGAGGACUUCCUGAUGACCGGGUUGACUCGCAGGCUGAAUCAGUCCUCUAUUUCCGAGACUCGGAAGAUCGGUCCUAAACCCGAGAGCAUGUGGGUUAUGGCCGGGUCGCCCGAGUCGACUCUGAGUGGGGCCAGACAGUUGUCUGUUUCGAGUAACGGGAGCUCAAGCGGUGUGUCCCCUCCAAUGACACCGUUUGGGGAACGUUAUAACACCUGGGAUCUGAUCUACGAGGCUGCAGGGCAGGUUGCGAGGUUGAAGAUGACGAAUGAAGCGCCCAAGUUCUACAGUUCGAAUUUCCAAGCGAGACUCGGUCCUAGAGAAUCGCAUGGUCCCGCUAGGAGCCAAAAUCAAGUCACUGGGGUGAUAGAUACUAGCCACUCUGACUUCUGUGAGGCUCAUGGUUUUACUCAUAACGUCUCGCAGCAAAUGAAUCUGCAAUACCAGCGAGCGAGGCUGGAACAACUAGUAAAGCAACGGCAGCACAAACAGAGACAGUGCGCUUCAGUUUGGGCAAAGCAGGUGGAUUUGAACCUGCAACUUCAGAACCAACAGAUCCAGAGCGCAGCUCAGAGGGCUUCUGGGUUUCAAACUGGAAGGUGUGGAAACCCUGUCACAGUGGGUGUACCUCAGUCUGCUUGGCCUCGUCUCCUACAGAGCCCACUUCACCAAUCGCAACAAUUCGCUGCACAAUCACAGCAUUUGAAUCCGGGCAUGAAAGCCAUUGUUCCCGGUGGAUCUGGAGUCAAAAGGGUGUGCGCUGGUACUGGUGUCUUCUUGCCUCGGAGAUAUGGCAAUAAUAACCCACAACCUUGCAAGAAAACUGGUUAUUCUGCUGCUACACUUCCAGUAAAGGUUGUUCAUUCCCAUCCACAUACUCAGGCAGCUUUCAAUACUGUUCUACCCUCCGAAUACGAGGCCUUGGUGGCCAGACGAAAUGCGGUUUUGACCCUGCAGAAGCGAAUGUUGCAGCAAGAAAAUCAUGAUCUUGGGUUGCCUCAAGAGUGGGCAUAUUGAAUGGUGAAGUACAGGGGAUAGGGGAAUGAAUAUAAAUUGGCAAUUUGGCAUAUUGGUUUUUGUGAAGAAAUUCAUGGAUGCAAGUUUAGUGUAGAAUGUGGUUUAGGAUAAAUAAAUAAGAAGGUCUUCUUGUUCUUUUUAGGAGAAUAUUUUGUGGGUAAUUUAGUCCAAGUCACAUGUUGUUGGGGUAGAAGUUUUUUUUUCUUUCUAAUAAAUAAAAAGUUCAUGGGGAGGGUAGAUUUUUGGUUUUUGGGGUUUAUAGUUUAUUUUUAUAAAUAUUGAGUAGACUAGAGUUGGUUUGUGAAAGAGGAAUCCAUAACCCUCUUGUAAUAUCUCUAUUCAAGAAAGAAUUAUAAUAAUACAUUUCGGCUAAGUUGUUUUA